CACGAGUUUUCGUUUUUAUUUGGUGUACUAUUUAUAAGCAUUUUUUAUUAAAUGAGACAUUUCAAUUAAUACAAAAAUAUUAAAAAAAUAGAUUUUGGUGACCCAAUAGAUAAAAUACACUUAGAGGGACACAAAUCGUACCGGUUUCGUGGAAUGACUCACUACAUUGUUAUUUCUCAGAGUAAUUUAUUUGUCAAUGCAUCUUGGCUACAAAACACAAUUUUAAAAUUUUGCCCAGGAUUAAAGACCUUGAACACGCUGACCUUUAGUGACAACAUAACAGGGGUAAGUUGUCACAUUACAACCAUGAAGCGUAAAACGCUUCAUAAAACAAAAACGUGUCCAUCAGAAGACGCAACGAAUAAAUACGUUUCAGCAUCAUCAUAACAUGAACGACUGAACUUUCCUACACAGCCCUCUACAGUCGGUCCCGUUCGCGCAUGCGCAGUCGGACGGUGUUUAGUGGGUACACUCUGUGCAGUACAGAGAUGUGACCCACGGAAAGAGCCCCAUGAAAACAGCGAGAGAAAGAUACUGAUGUUAUUGAGAGCCAAAAGAAGCGACUGUUUCCGUUCUGGGCGCUUGAAGGAGACGCUAAAAUCAGUGAAGUCAUCUAACGGCGCCUCCCAUCUGAAGAGCAAAGACGCCCGUGAACGCACACUUAAUAGCGCAACUUUUCUCGUAAGAUGUGAUUGUGCAGCGCGCUUGAUCUGGGGGAGAGGGGGGGACUAUCUGGACAAUCACAUUCACUUUACGGACUAUCUUUGUGCUUUCAACUAUAUCUAGAUACGUGCUUCCUGGAGAGCAAUAUGGGCGGUUCAGAAAUCAGAGGGCAAAGGCAUGAGUGAAGAUGACCUUAAAAGCAGCCAAAACAUGGUUUUUAAGACUCCUCCCGGUUGUGUUCUUCUUCAUCUGUUACUAUUGCUCCCAGUUCUACUUUGAGAGCUAUGGAGGCAGCGGAAAGGCCCCUCAGCCCACUGUUUCUCUAUGUCACAACUAUCGCUUGCAGAGGAAGUGGGAGAGUCUUAAAUUAAACAUGAGCCGAAAGACUGAGCUCUUUCUGAAGCUGCAGGAUUUCUUCUGGCGGGAACAUCUGUCGGCUGAAGCUCUGCCCUAUGGUAUUAAAGGCAGCGAGCCCCUGCUUCUGAAGGUCUUGGCAGUGACUUCCAGCUACACAAUGCCAGCAAACAUUGAGAGUGCUCUGUGUGUCAGCAGCUUAGAUUGCAGGACGUGUGCAGUCAUUGGAAACGGCUUUUCCAUAAAAAACAGUUCACUGGGGGAGAUCAUUAACAAAUACGACGUGGUGAUCAGCGUGAAAACUUUUCCAGUGGUCUGGCUUGUAUUUUGCAUUCUUGUUUUAUUGCUGAAUGAUGCCCCGGUGAGAGGCUAUGAGGAGGACGUAGGUAACAAGACCACGUUACGUCUGUUUUAUCCUGAAUCCGCCUCCUAUAAUCCUGGUAUCCAAAAUGACCCAGACACCCUGCUGGUCCUGGUUCCUUUCAAGCAGCAGGACCUCCGCUGGCUCAAAGAGAUCCUGUAUGAUGAAAAGAGGGUCCGAAAGGGUUUCUGGAAGCUUCCGCCCCAGAUCUGGCUCGGCCGGGCUAGUCAGAUCCGUGUUCUGGACCCGUAUUUCCUUCGCCUGACAGCCAGCAAGCUGCUUCAAAUUCCCCUGCAGCCACUCAAACAACAGAAACCAGUCCACCCCACCACUGGCAUUCUGGCAGUAUUUGUGGCACUGAACUACUGUGACGUUGUGCACGUGGCUGGAUUCGGAUAUCCAGAGUCCAGGAACCAGAAACAGCCCAUCCACUAUUACGGAAAGGAGACAAUGAAAUCCAUGAAGAAUUCCUACCAUGAUCUCAAUCAAGAGGCUCUCGUGCUUAAGAGACUGGAAGACCAGGGAGUUAUUUUAUAUCUUCAUCCUCAUUCCUGACACUCAACAUACACAUAUAUAAAUAAAAACACAUAAACGUAUGUAAAUACGGCACUACAGACAAUUUCUUCAUCUUUGGACAGAACUGAAAUAUCCAUGUAUGGUUUCUGCAUUUCUGUGUGAUUCAGUCAUUUUUAUCUGACCUUGAGUAUUUAUAAUUAAUGAAUCUUUUCUGCUUACGAUUUUGUUUCCUUUCGGGAACUUUAAAAAAAUAAAAAUAUCACCACUGGA